CGCACAUUUCAGCCCAAAAAGGCUGCUUUUCUUCUUAUACUCGGGUCCGUCUCGACUUCAAGCCCGCCCAACCUGCUCUCUUUCUUCUUCGUCUCCUUAUAAACAACAGCCGGAUUCGAUGUGAAAGCCCAGUACUUUCUGGUGUUCAACACUACAGCACCUUGGACUCACAAUAACGACAACCUAUCAUCAUCCAGACCAAAAGUGUCCGUCACAACAACCAAUCACAACAAACCAGACCAACAUUAGACAUGGCGUCGUCAACUACUGACUCUCGCCGCAUGCCGCGCAGAGACUCUUCGACGGCCCGUGGCACCCGAAGCCCCAGCCAAAGGCCAAGACUUCUUCGAGCAUCAGCCACCGAGCCCUCUAUCACCACGUCCAAUGCCAGCCGAGAUGCGCUCGCGAACUCGUACUCGUCUCGCAGAGCAACCGAGCUCCUAAGAGUGGCUUACAUCUCAGGUGGCUCAUCUCCGGACGCCCUCACCAGAGCUACCUCCAGAGCUACAUCUCCCAUCUCAACACGGACAUCACCACCACCAAUGUACGAUAGCUUGGGUCGACACUGUGAGCUAUCCUCGUCUCCUAUCAGCAACCCGGAUGGCUUCGAUGAGCUGCGUGAUUCUUAUUCGCAUUCGCAUUCGCAGCGAUACUUCAGCUUCCCAAGUUUUGACUUGUAUGAGUCGCCUCACCAAGAAGAGGACAAAGAGCCACACAUGAAGUCUCCUUGAAAGGCGCGCUCGGAUUCUGGAAGGAGAGAGCUG